AUGAAGAGGAAUCAAAAGCAAGAAAAAGAAGACGACACCGAGCUCCUCAAGGCCGUGGCGCAGGCAUGGCACGCCCACUCCGCCUCCGCAAAGGCCGCGGCCGACUCGGCCGAGUUCGACGCGCAUAGGCUCUACUUCAAGGGGAGGCCGAGUCGGUUCAAGCUCGAAGCAAUGCGCAAACCAUUUAAAAGAGGAGAUGAUAAUAGUCAAAAGAGUUGGGAUUUCGGGCAGUCGCUGUGGGACUCUUACGAGAUUUUAUCGGUCUCGAAGAAGCUCGAGACCGGGCUGGUGGCGGACGAUCCCUUCUCGGACGAGCAGCUCCGCCGGUCGAGGCGGAGAGAGAGCAAGAAUAGCUUGAGGAAUUUGUAUAAGAUGUCGUCAUGA